GUUUCUCUCCCUGGACUCUUGCAGUUGCUGGAUCUCUUGGAUGCUGUGCAGAAUGGAAUCAGGCAGCCAGAGCUCAGGUUCACCUUCUCCCUGACCCUCUGCAUUGCUCAGUGGCACAGCAGAUGCUGAAGCCAGGGGAGCACAUGUACACACAGGUAAACAGAUUCCUUCUGUCACACCAGUUUUUGGACCUGAGGAAAAUACCAGACUUUUUCCAGUUUUUCUACAGUUUUGAUUUUGAGUGUCGUAUCUUGGCGAUAUUACAAAGUGCUGCCCGUGUCAUCAGAGCUGCUGCCCAUGAGCUGAUCCAGGAUCACAGCCUCCUCACGUGGCUCCUGCACAGCUUAGAGAAAAGGUUUCUGGAAGACAAGGUGAUAAAUAAAAUCAUUUCCUUACUGCAUACUCUGUGGCUAACAAAUUUAGGAGACAAGAGAGAAAACAAGAAUCAAUUGCAGGAGAAGAGGAAACUUCUUCCUAUUCAGCUUGUAAAUGAAUUUCUGACUAAUGUAGAUGUGGCCAGGCUGACGGAGUUUUUGAGCACCCUCCGCUCUGUGCUGGAAUCCCGUGCCAUUGUUGGGGAGGCUUUUAGGGAGAUGAGGCGUUUCAUGGCCAAUGACAGCAUCCUGUCCAGCAGGGAGCUGCUGCUGCUGCUGCUGCACGAGUGGAGCCUUGUCAGCAAAGACCUGCAGCUGCAGGAGGAGCUGCAGGCCCUGGCCCAGAGGUGCCAAAACACAGAAUUGCUCACUGUUCUUGUAUUCCUGACUUCCAUUUACAAGGGGAACACAUGGCUCGGAGCUCAGGAGCUGGAUCUGUUACUGUCCCACUGGUCUGCACUAGUGCAGGUGAUGAAUUACAGGAUAGCUUGGGAACUUGGAAACAAGGAGAAGAAAUUAUUACGUCUCUUUGCAAAAAGAUUUGGCUACAUCAGGGCAUUAAUUCAGGGAACUAACACUUCAUCUUCAACAUUCUGUGCUCUGCCAUCAUCACUGUGAGCCCUGGAAGCCUCCUGAGCUGUUCUCAUACAGACCUAACUUGUUUGGUCAAAAAAUUUUGAUCACUGUGUGGGAACUCAGGGGGACGAUCUUAUUCAACCUCCCUCAGUGGGACAUUAAAGCUCCACUUCCCAUUUUCUUGAACAGUCUGAGACACAAUAUUACUUUGUAUAAUUUUUAUUACAGGCAUUUUUAACUUUUUGAAGAACCAGAAAGACUGUUGGCGCAUAUGUGUGUCAUUAAUAUCCAUCCUCUCUCCAGAGUAGGAUGGGAAAAAAGGCUGCAGAGCUUCCUACAAGGGGCUGCAAGUGCAAAUAACGAGGAGCCAGAGGUUUAGUCAUGAUGAUUUACUAUUUCUUAAAAGAACCUGGUAGAUUUCAUGAUAGCAAAACCAGUGUGAAUAGAAGACUGAACUUGGGAAUCACGAUAGUCUCCUUGGGUUUAAAAAGCUUUAGUAGUUUUUAAAGACGUUUAUAUCAGAUCUGCUUUAUUUUAAUUUUAAAAAUAGCCUUGAUCCAUCACUGCUGCUGUGAUGUGUGACAAAAGGCCAUCUUCCCUCCGCUUGGAACAGGUGAGAGAUGGAGCUAAACCCCAAAGGAUUUUCUGCUCACCGAUUAUACCUGGGUUUUAUUGGGAAUUCUCUGCAAAAUCUGAUCAAUUGUUCUUGAAUGUGGCCGUGAGGGGAGGCGAACGUGCCAGCCCAGACCUGCAAACAGGCACUG